AUGUUCCCGAUGUUGUCCGACACUGGCCGCCAGUCGGGCCGGUUUUUCCGCCCUGUCCGCGUCUCGGUGCCGGGAUCUGUUUCCGUCCAUGGCCGUCAUCAUCUCCGAGACAGCGGAAUCCAGGCUUUAUUUACCUCCAUUUAACGCGUUUGUUUGGCGUCGCGUGCGGCGGACAGAACGCGUCAGAUCAGCAGAAGUGAAGCGAGGCGCUUUUGUUUGUGUGUGUGGAGAGAGAGAGAGACGUUUAUUACGCCGGACUGAACGGGCCGAACGGGUCCAGAACACAUCAGAACAUCAUCAUCAUCUUCAUCACUGUGUGUUUGUGUGUGUGUGUGUGUGCGCUGGAGUCCUCCUGUAAAUCACCUGAUGUGAUCAUCAUCAGUGUCGCAUCUGUGUCUCAUCUGGAGACGUCAGCAGUAGCAGGUUAUUUCUCGUCGUUCGGUCUCAGGGGGCGAGCAGAGGAAGAGAGAGAGUGAGAGACACAGACAAACGUCUAUCUUUCUCUCUCUCUCUCUUUCUCUCUCUCUCUCUUCACCCUGCGACCGCGUCAGUAACGAGCCGGUCUCUCCAUCUGAACGAUGACAUCACCCUCCCCCCCGCUGGGCUCCCCGACCCCGUGUCCCCCCCCACCUCCCUCGCUCCCCUCCUCCCCCCCUCCUCCUUGCCCCUCCCCCUCCCCCCCCACCGGAGAGGUCAUGAUUCUGGCUCUGGGCCGGAGGAAGCAGCGGCUCCUCAUCGCUCUCUCCAUUCUUCCCAACCUGUUCCUGGCGUUCCUGCUGUCAUGUGACCCGCUCCUGACCCUGUCCUCGCCCUUCCGCUGUCGUCUCCCGGGACCGUCUCCCGUUCCUCUGGCGGCCAACGCCUCCAUGCGCGCGGAGAAGGGAGACGGAGGUCUGGCUCAGUGCAAGCAGUUCGUGUUCAUCAACGGGACGCCGUCGGGUCUGAGGGACUGUGACGCCGGAUACGACUACAACGUCACCGAAGGACUGACCAAUAACAUCGUCACAGAGUGGGAUCUGGUGUGUUUGCGGUACUGGCUGGUUCCAGUAGAGGAGGUGUGCUUCAUUCUGGGAACCCUUACAGGCUGUCUGGGUCUGGGUCACGCGUCUGACCGGCUGGGCAGGCAUAAGUCCCUGCUGGUGUCUCUGACCCUGGCGGUGGUGUUCGGUGUGCUGGUGUGUGUGUCGCCCUCGCCGCCGGUCUUCAUCUCCAUGCGGUUCUGUCUCGCUGCUGCGAGCGCUGGCGUCUACCUCACGCUCUACGUCACACGUCUGGAGCUCUGCGACCCGUCCCUGCGGCUGCUGGCCACGAUGAUGUCCGGUCUGACCACGUUUGCGGGCGAGCUCCUGCUGCUGGCUGUGGCCCUCGGCUGUGGCUCCUGGAGGGGCCUGUUGGGGACCGGAGCGGCUCCGCUGGCGUUGUUCCUGUGCUAUGGGAUCCCGGGAGUGUUUCCUGAAUCGCCUCGCUGGCUUCUGCUUUCCGAAAGGACGGGAGACAUGAAUUCCUUCAGCGAACGCAGCGAGCGGCAGAGAGACGACGACAGUUUCACGGAGAUGGACACAGAGCCGUCCUCAUCUCCUGGACGUCCCCAUCUGUCCUUCCCAGAGCUGCUGCACAGCAGAAACAUCUGGAAGAACCUGUGUGUGCUGGGAUUCACAUCGUUCAUCUCUCAUGGCAUCAGUCACUGCUACAGCUCCUUCAGAGGUGACGUCAGAGGAAUCACCCCCAGUUUCUAUUGGACGUACUUGCUGUCUGUGUGUGCCGGGGGCGGAGCCUGGCUGCUGCUCUGGGCAACCGUGGACCGGUUUGGUCGUCGUGGAAUUCUUCUUCUAGCCAUGACCUUGACCGGACUGGCUUCCCUAAUCCUGCUCGGACUCAUGGACUAUCUGAGCGAGUCGGCCAUGACCGUGUUCUCCAUCAUGGGCCUGUUCUCGUCCCAAGCGGCCGCUUCGCUCUCCAUUCUGUUCACCGCUGAAGUCAUGCCCACCGUCAUCAGAGGAAGUGGAGUGGGAGCCGUCAUGGCGCUGGGAUGCGUGGGUCGCCUCAGUUCUCCUCUCAUGGAUCUGCGUAAUCACUACGGCUACUUUCUGCACCAUGUGGUCUACUCUUCUCUGGCCCUGCUAGCGGUUCUCUCAAUCCUGCUUCUCCCGGAGAGCAAACGCAAACCCCUUCCACAGACGCUGGUGGACGGAGAACAGUACCGGCGUCCUCCGCUGGUGCGACGGAGGAGGGAUAACGUUCCUCUUCUCGCUACUCCCAACCCAGAGACCUAGGCUUUACUCUUCAAGCGCAUAUACAGGGGACUGUCCUCGGAGUCGCGACCUCUUAACCAUGUAUUUGUAGUCAUUCCUAACACCCAUCGGUGGAGUCGUCCAUCAUAAAGAAGAGUUCAUCUUUUCAGCGCACAAUGGCAUAAACCAUGAGUCAAGGGCGUAUGCUCUAAUUCUGACCCAUGUAGCAUCCAGUGACUUUAUGAUAAUAUUAGACCGUAUUUAACUUCACAGAGACAAGGGCUGAAAAUCACAGUGCUCGUUCUGAUCUAUUUAUCCCUUUGAAACUAGGCUUAUGUUCUCACUUCGGAUGGAAUCGGUUCUCUUAAUUCUUGAACAUGUUGCUGCUAAGAAUGGCGAUCCCAGAGGAUCCUUGAAGGACUGAUCGUGUUUUGGGCGAGAGACACUGAGGAUUGUUUUAUGUGCACUCUGAUUGGACAUGACACUUAUUAUUGUAUGUUACACGUCACUCGUAGGUAAAGGAAUAUUACAGGGAUACAACUUGAGCUCUGUGUGCAGCAGCUGGGACUCGCUGUCAGUUCAGUUUCCCAGAUUUGAUUAUUUUAACCCAUCGGUAUUGCAUAACCAGAUGCUAAUUUUAGUCGCAGAUGAUUUAUCGAACUUCACAAGUU